AUGUACGCUCGUAUCGACGGAGCAUUGCACUUGGCUGAAGAAUGCAAAAACGCAAGCACUCUGGUCCCUAGGGCGUUGAUUAGCACACAGCUUAUUGGGUUCGCUUCCUCAUUCACGUUUAUUGUUGCCAUGCUAUACUGCACCAAUGAUUUGAACGCUGUGGUGUCAUCCGCUACCGGGGUACCUAGUUACGAGAUGUGGUACCAAGCCACACGGUCGGGUGGAGCCGCUACGGUAUUCGUUGUUCUACUUUGCUGUGCCGCCGUAUUCGCCCUCAUCGGUGCUCAGCAAACUGCCUCCCGCCUAAAUUGGUCGCUCUCUAGAGACCGUGCUAUCAUCGGCAGCUAG